AUGCCACCAAUGGGGUGCGUCGGCAGCAGGGGGAUGGAAGGCCCGGACCUCGAUAAUUCCGACUACGACAGCAGCACCAUCUCCCGAACCACGUCGCAGUCCUCCCGAGCCACCGCGCAGUCACCGAUCCUCCAGGCUCGGCGGUCGGGGCCAGCUCCGUCCAGAGGCUUGGGAGGAGCGAUGGGACAGAUGGCAGGAUCGCAACCAGUUAAGGACCUGCUAGACGUGUUCAUUGACGAGGUGGAGAGUUCGCACAAGCGAAAGCCGGCUUGCGAGCUGGCAAGACAAGCGGACGCCACGUCAGAUGCCACGUCAGGUCUUCACCCGGAGAGCUCGAGCACAAACGGUCCGCCCCCCCCUGUCCACGGCGACCCAGCUACAGCCUGCUCAGCGGAUUCAAUGCAUCUAGACAAUCCCAAGGGCGGCUCGGGGACGGCUGACAAUCCCGAGGCUGGUUCAGGGGAGGCUGAAAAGUCCAGAGCUGCCCGACAGGACACAAGGGAAUCAGCAAGCUUAGGUUCGGAGUUUCCGGACCAGGAAGGGAGCUUAGGUGGUGUGGUUCGGGGCAGCCCUGGCGUGGCUGAAGCAGGGGGGGGUUUCGAAGGAGAAGAUGGGAAAACAAGUUCAGGAAGGGACGGACCUGUCGUCCGAACCUGGGAGGUAGACCCGGAGCGCCGAGCCAAGAGCUGGCGAAGGGACGUGGAGGCCGAGUUCUCAAGGAGUGAAAAGAAGAGAAGAGACCCGGAGACGCAGGUAACAGGGAGGCUGGUAGCACGUGAGGUACCAGCUGGUGUGGGCAAUGGGGGGAGAGAAGGGGGCGAGAGUGCAAGAGAUGAAGCUGUAAGCAGGGCAUCAACGGUUGUGAUUGACUCUGGCGCGGAAGCAGCUAAUGAGGGGUGCGUGCGUGAUGCUGCUGAUGCAGGCGGAGGGGAGGGUAGAAGUGAGAGCGGAGGGGAGGGUAGAAGUGAGAGUGGAGGGACGUACGUGAAUUCUGAGGCGCCUGUGAACUUGUCUGGUGGGGGGGAGGGUGGUGGCGGUACGUACCUGUUUGCAAUGAAGCUACGACGAGUGAGGAGCUCAGGGGACGUCACUAAAGGGGAUGUCUCUAAAACGGAUGCUGUUUCAAACGGGGAUGCUUCUACAGGGGAUGCUACUAACGCGGAUGUUGUCAGCAGCGGCGCUGCACCUGCUAGUGCUGGGGCGAAGGGCAGGCAGAGGAGGAAGGGGAGCCUGCUGGGUGUGAUGGAGCAUGGGAGCAUGGGGGAGGAUGAGGGAAGGGGUAAGGGAGUGGAGGAGGGAGGCAGCAAAGCGGGUGAGGAGGGGAGGAAUGAGGAGGCGUGGAACCAGGAAUGGGCGGCUAGACCCCUUGAGGGGGCUAGCACCAAAAGUGGUGGACCACUGAGGAGUCUGCAGAGAGACGAUGCUUUGAUGCCGAGAGGUGGGUCUGUGGUGCAGAGGAAGCGAGCACUGAGGGGUGAGGAGAUGGCAGAAGGAGGAGAUGAGAGGGAGAGGGGGCAGAGAGACCGAGGGCAGAGGGGCGGAAGCGAGAGUGCUUGUAAGACAGAAGAGAAUGGUGGUGGUGGGGGUGGUGAUGAUGGCGAUGUGAUUCUUCCUGGAAGCUUCUUGUGCUUCGUCAGGCGAGCCAACCAGCCGGGAUCUCCCAGGGGUUACAGUGGCCAGCCUGCCACAAGGUCCCCCUCCCUUCCCCCCUUAUCCCCCUCUGGUCUCUCCGCCACCCUACAACCAGCAUCCCCCAGGUCCCCCUCUCUCCCCCGCCCAUCGCCUUCAGGUCUCUCUCCCUCUCUCCCCCCAGCUUCCCCCAGAUCCCCCUCCUUCCGCCGCCCUCCAGCCUCUUCGCCCCAGGCCUCACCAGCCAAAGGGGGCGUGUCUGUAGUCCUGCCCACAGCCCCAGUCUCAACCUCCCCCAAGCCUACCUCCCCCAAGCCUACCUCCCCCAAGCCUACCUUCCCCAAGCCUUCCUCUCCCAAGCCUACCUCCCCCAAGCCUUCCUCUCCCAAACCUACCUCCCCCAAGCCUGCUUCCCCUGCUGCCCCUGUUUCACCUGCUCCCCCUGCUGCCCCUGUUUCACCUGCUCCCCCUGCUGCCCCUGUUUCACCUGCUCCCCCUGCUGCCCCUGUUUCACCUGCUCCCCCUGCUGCCCCUGUUUCACCUGCUCCCCCUGCUGCCCCUGUUUCACCUGCUGCCAAUGCUGGUUCUGAGCAGCAAGAGCUAGACGAGGACGCCCUUCUCCUGUCCUUUGAAGCACCUCAAAACGCACCUGCUGCCUCUGCUGCCUCUGUUGCCCCUGCUGCACCCACAGCUGGUUCUCAGCAGCAAGAAGCAGACGAGGAUUUCCUUCUCCUCUCUCGGCUUGGAUCCCCUCGCAUCGUGCUGCCCAAUCGCAUACAGUCACACUCGUUUAAGUGCAUAAGCAGCACAGGCGCUCAGCACAACAAAGCCACCAUUCAGAUGGCCAGAUCGCGCAGCAAUCCUGACCCUCCAUCUGCAUCUCUGGCCGAUCCAACGGCUGACGUCACCCGUCCUCCCCACUUCCCCACCCUUCCCCAUCUUUUCACCCCUCCUCGCCUCGCCACUCCCCCUCGCCCACGCUCCCGGGGGGGCUACAGUAAACUGCAGGUAGAUCUAGCAAUCGUCACGACUGUAUCGGAUUUUAUCGGAUUUGAUUUGUUUGGGGGUGGCGAGGAGGAGGGGGAAGGUGCGUCUGGGGAAGGUGAGUCUGGGGCAGGUGGGAUGGAUCCGUGGGGUAUGGUUGCUGCAGUGGGUGGGUCGCUCUGGCCUAUGAGUGACUGUAUGGAGGGGGAAGAGGCGGCACAGAUUGGGAAGGUGCAAAUGAAUGCAGCAGAUGUUCUUGUGGUUGAUUCUGCAGAGAGUGACUGUAUGGAGGGAGAAGAGGGGACACAGGAGGUGCUAGAUGAUGCAGCAGAUGUGCAAAAGAUGAGUGGGGAGGAUGUGACUAAAAAGGAUGUGAACGGGGAGAAUGUGAUUGGAGAGAAUGUGACUGUAACGGCAGCUGAAGGGGUGAAGGAAAGCAGAGGACAGGCAGAUGGGACUGCAGAGGAUGUGAGUGCUGCUGAGGAUUUGUUUGGUGGCGAUGUGACUAUAAAGGGGGUGGGCAGCGAGAAGGUGCAUAUAAGGGAGGUGAUUGUAGCAGCCUCGGCAUUGUGGAGGGACGUGAUUGACCACCGGGAGGAUGUGGGGAUGGCCAUAGAGGGGGCUCUGGUGGAUAGGGUUACCACACGGAGUGAGGUGACUGUAACGGAUGUGACUGUAGGUGAGGUUGGGUUUGGGAGAGUGGAGGGAGCGGAGGGAGAGGAAGGGGACAUGGCCGCUGAUGUGGCUGCUGAUGUGGAUGCAGACGAUGAGGUGCCGAGCUGGCAGGAGGUGUGCAAGCAGGGGGAGGUGAUUGUAACGAAGGCCAAGGUUCUUACGAGUCUCUUAGAAAGGCUUGAGUGUGAGACUGCGGGAUGUGGUGUGGUGAGACUGUCGACGACAGUUGUAACGCCGCCGGGGGCAGAUGUAACCCAAACAGAGACAGAUGUAACACAAACAGAGGCGGAUGUAACCCAAACAGAGACAGAUGUAACUCUGCCGGUGGAGAAUUUUGUGAUUUUGGCAAAGCAGCAUUUCUUACUGCUGAGUCAGCACACAAUGGGAAGCCGAAUAGGGGAAGCGGGUGUGGCUGUAGAAGGUGUGAGUGUUGGCGAUGUGACUGUAGGCGGUGUGACUGCAGAAGGACUGGCAGAAAGCGCAGGGCGGUUGGAAGACCUGCUGUUUCUGGUGUUGGGCGUUUUGAGAGUGAUAGAGGCGAGGAGGAGGAGAGAUGUGGAGGGAGCGGGGAGUGUGAGGGAAGAGGGGAAGGUGGAGGAGGGAGUGGGUGCUGGAAACGAAAAGGACGAGGAAGGGGGAAAAGAGGAGGAGAAGGAUGAGGAGAAGGAGGAUGAAGGAGGAUGGGAAGAAGGCGAAGAUGAAGAAGAGGAGAAGGAAGGAGGGGACGAAAACGAGGAGGAGAGACAGAGACAGGCAGAGCUGUGGGAUCGAAGUGGGAAGCUGCUAGAAGCUGCCUCAGAGCAUGCAGCAUUGCUGGCGGCACGCUGCUGCUCUCUUGCAGACCGGCAGGCAGGGAGCGGGGGAAGAGACAGGGAGAUGGGCGCAGGAGGACCAGUGGAGCGGAGGGGCCAACAGCAGCAGCAGCAGCAGGGGCUGGCAUCGUUGUUUGCUCUGAUUGAGAGUGCUGAGCUGCUUUCAAGUUGUGUUGCAUCUCGUGCUCCGCCUGUGCCUGCUGAAACUGAUGCUUCUGCUGCUGCUCCUUCUGUUGCUGCAACUGGUCUUGCCUCUCCUGGAGAGAAAGAAAACGAGAUUCGGAGCGAGCAGCUCUCAGGGCCCUCAGCAGCUGAAGCAGCAGCGCGUGAUGCAGAAGCGGUGGCGGCAGCAGCAGCAUUUAGAGACCAAGCUGCAGCACAUGGGGUGAGGAUAUGUGCAGCAGGAGCAGCGGCCGCAGCUGCAGGUAAGGGUAUGGCAGCAGCAGGAGCAGGAGGAGCAGCGGCAGCAGGUAAGGGCGUGGCAGGUGGGGCAGCAACAGAUGUGGGUGUUGCUCGGGACGGAAUUGCCCUUGUGGCAGCAGCAGCAGAGACAGUUGCAGGGCUGCUGAAACCACGACCGAGGCGGAAGCAGCAGCAGGAGGAAAAGCAGGAGCAGCAGCAGCAGCAGCAGCAGCAGCAGCAGCAGCAGCAGGAGCAGCAGCAGCAGGAGCAGAAACAGCAGAAGCAGGAGGCACUGUUUCCUGAACCUAUGCAUUGGGUGUCUCACCUGCUGCUCUCGGGAUGGCUGCUGCUGCAGCGCCAUGCUGCUGCUGCUGUAGAGGCUGCUGCAGCUGUGGAUAGUUUGGACAUUUACAGUAUCAAUAAAGAGACAGCCGAAAGUGCAUCGGUUGCUAUCUCUACCCUCCAGUGCAGGCUUUCUUUCCUCUGCGCCCUGGUGGACGCUUACAGGAAGCUUUUGCACGCAGCUGCGGGGUUAUGCAAAAGUCAGGGGGAGAAAGGGAGAUCGGGAGAGGAAAACAUGCGAGAAAAAGGGGGCGCGGAAGAGGGAACGCAAGAAGGAUCGGGGAUGAAUAGGUCUGACUGGUUAGAGGGGAGUGUGAGUGUGAGGGAGUGUGAGGAUGUGUGUGUGAAGAUGCUUGAUACAAUCGAUGCACUGCAGGGGUGGUUUGAGAUGGCUCAACAGAAAGAGUGUUCCUCUUUGAGAGAACAGGGGGAGAGGCAAGCUUGUGGUCAAAUGCGUCAAAAGCAGAAGCUCGUUUCCCUUGGAUUCUCAGGGCUGGUGGCAGUGGCAGGCGUGGUGAGAGAGAUAGAGGCUGCGGCAGGUUCUGAGGAGCGGAAAGAUGAGGUGGGCGAGGUUGUCAGAUGGGAGGGGCGAGAGGAUUUAGAGAUGAAGGGUGAGCGAGCAGAGGGUAGGGCAAGGAGAGGAGGCAGGCGGAGUGGGUUGGGAGGAGAUGGAGGAGGGGUGGCGGGUGAAUCGGGCAAGAGGCGGAUGGAGGGAAGGAUUGAAGGGAAAGGGAUGAGGGGAAGGAGGGAAGGUUCGCUUGGGGGUGUGAGUGUGGCAGGAGAGAAUGGGGGGAGCAAAGAGAAGGAUGGAUCAGGGAAAGGGGAGGAGGAGGCGGCAGGGCAUGUGGUUUCUGAGGGUCUUGUGACAGAAACGAGUGUGCUUGUAAGAGGGGCAGAGAGUCUGCUGGAUGAAGUGAGAGAUGGGGUGGGUAGGUUGAUUAUAGGAGGACGUGAUUAUAACAAAAGUUUUGAGAACUCUCAAAAGGGAGUCCGAGAUUUUGUCUCCAGGCAGGGUGCCGCCGCCCAGAUUACGCUGAGCCUUGUGGCGGCUUCUGUCCGGCAUUUUUGUCUUGUAGCGGGGGAGGGUGGUUGCAGGGAUGGUGGCAACGGUUUGGGUAUAGAGAUGGGUGGUGUGCGGUGGGGAGGGAAGCUUCUGAGAAAGGCGGGGAGGAGCUGUGCUGCUGUGAUUGGUGCUGCUGCUGUGCUUGCAGGCAGGGUGAUUGGGGAAGAGUGGGGUGAAGGAGCGGAGGGGAGAAAGGGAGAGGGGAGAAGGAAGGCGGGUGAGGAGGAGCGAGAGGAGCGAGGAGAGCGAGAGGAGCGUGAGGAUGGGGUGCGAGCAGCAGCAGAUGCGCUAUUGCAUGCAGCAGAGAGGCACUUAAGACUGAUGAGGGCCCUCGAAAGAAGGCAAGGGGGGCUGCAGCUGCAGCAGCAACUGGGGCAGGAGAUGCAGGAGAAGCAGGGACAACAGGAACAGUCGGUUCCAGAGAGGGUCUUGAUUUCAGGCGAAGGCAGGGAGGGAGGCAGGGAAGUGAAAGGGAGAAGCAGGGAAGGUGGUCUCUUGGGUGAACUGGAAGCUGGUCACGUUGACAAGAGACAUGUGAGACGUGAGCAACGGGCUGCUGCUGCUGCUGCGGGUCUGGCGCUGCACUUGGCUCGUGACAUUGAGAUGCUGAUGCUGCCUUGGUGCUUGCCUCCUGAUGGCCAUGCGGACCUGCUCAGAGCAGGAGGGGAUGGUCAGGGAAGGGCAAGACGGGGGCUCUUGCUCAACAGAAUUCUUCUCCGAACAGCCCAGUUGGGCCAGGCGCUGCUGUUGCAUAGGACGGUCAGAGUACCUGACUUGGCGGCGGAAGGUGAAGUUGAGGAAGGGAGGGAGUGUGAGGGGUCGGGAUACAACACGCAGGCUGUAAGGGACGGAGCUUUGGUGCAAGGCCACGGAGGGGCGGACCCAAUGUUCACUGCUAGCUUGCCUGCUGCUGCUGAGAUUACCGCUGAUGGUGGUUUUGCUGCGCGCUUUGCCGCUGGCUUUGCGUGGCUGGUGCGGUGGUCAGGAGGAAUGGCUGCACUGGCAGCGGAGCUGGAGAAGCAGCAGCAGUACCAGACAGAGGGUGGAAGGGCAGGUGGUUGGGAGGAGGAGGGAGAGGUGGAUGGGGCGGUGAAGGGGCUACUAGUGCAGUCGGCAGCGGCUAGGGAAUUGGCACGUGACCUGCUGAUUCAGGCUGAAUUGCAGCAGUCCCAAGAAACGACUGAUGAGGUUGGGGUUACCACCAGUGUCCAUGCUCUUUCGGAGAGGAGUGGGGUUUAUCAUACUGAGGAUAGGCACAAGGGUGAGGUGGACAGUGCAGCGUGGCAGUCUGCCACUGGUGUGCUGAGUCAGCGCGCUGCUUUGGCUGAGCUGGCGGGUGCGCACGCUGAGUCAUGUGUCAGAUUCGCUGAGUCAGCAGCAGCUGGGUCGCCUGGUGACGCCUGGCAAGACCUGCUGCUGCAGGCGGAAGAGUUGAUGGUGGAAGCUUCCAAGCAGCUUCGGAUGCUGUUGCAGGCAAAGAAGCAACGAAGCAGCAGCAGGAGGAGGAGCAGCAGCAGCAGGCAGCAGAAGGGAUGGCAGGGCGGGUAUCCAACAGAAAGCAGCUGCGAAUAUUAUGGCAGGGGUGGUUUGGAUAUUGUAAAUUAUGGCGGUAUGGACUGUUCAAAUCAUGGGGCUGAAGCAGCAUGUGAGGAUGACGUCUUGUUGCUGGCAGCACUGGUUGAGGAGGCUCAGUCCCAUCGCUCGCUGCUGCUCCAAGCAACGCAAGACAGACCAACGGAGAUAUGCACUGCUAAGGCUGAUAGCAGGGUUUAUGGCUCGGGGGAGGCUGUAUCUGGGGGAGGUGCAUGUGACUCUGUACCAGAGUCACGGGCAGGGGAGCAGAUGUGCAGAGAGGAAAGGUCUUCUAUCCGUCGCUCUGCUCUGCUUCUGCGUCACCGUGCCUCAUCUCUCCUCCACCGCCUCUCCAUCCCAUUUUCACCUCCACCUGCUGCAGCAGCGAUCCCUGGGCUUUCCUUAUCGUCACCAUCGUCCAACAGGCCUCUCUCUUCCUCCCCCACUACCAGUCACUUGGUAGUGUCAGCAGCAGCUACUGCAGCUAGGCUUGUGGCCUCCUCUUCCCUCCUUGCUUCUCUCCUGCAAGCGCUUCUGCUUUCCUCCCCUGAUGAUCCCAGACCUGCUCCUGAUGCAUCACCAGCUUCUGCAGCCCUGCCUGCUGCUGUGCUGAGUCAGCAACAUGCCACUGUCCACUCACUCGCCCUUGCCCUUGCUGAUGUGGCAGCUGACCUGGACACGCAGCUAGCCAGGCUGGCAGACGCAUGCCUCCGCCAUGCUGCCUGCACUGAUCCUGCCGGUGCUGACGUGGCACUUGCGUAUUGGCUGCUGGACGCAGGGCAAGAGCUGGUGACUCACUCCCAUUGGCUCAUACAAGGAACAGUCGUACCCACCCUGCCUCUACUGCCCGCCUCGCUGACCUCUCGCCUGCAGCAGCUAGAAGCUGCUAUGGGCCUGCUAGUCCCUGCACAGGCACACGCGCACGAGAGGGCUUCUGAACCGCAGCAUCACAACCCACUGUCCCCCCCACAGCAAGGGCUCUCUGUGCGGAGCAAACAGGGCAGUGGCAGCAGUGGCAGUGCCGUGACAGCAGCGCGCACUCUCUGUGUGCCGUGGCUUAGCCUGUGCUCUGAGGCCCUCUCUCUCAUGGCCGAUAUCCGCACUCGGCUGAGUCAGCUCUAUGUGCUUUCCCAUUCCCAUGACAGGGGGCUUGCACAUGCCCACUCUGCCACUGAUGCAGCAGCCGCGCCUAUCCCCUUGCUGAGACCCUUUAAACCCCAUCUGCCUAUAGCAGCAGCAGCAGCUGUUCCUGUGGUGUCUGCGCUGCUGCUGCGCUGCCUCUUGAGGCUGGGGGGUGCUGUGGCGGAGGUGUGGGGGGAGACUGGUGGGGGAAAGAAGGGGAAUUGGGGGAGCCGGGGGAAGAGUAGGGGCGGAAGGGACGGCAGAGGGAGUGAAGGAAGCGGCAAGGGUGGUGACGGGUUGGGAUUGGAAGGGGAGGAGGACCUUUGCUGUGGAUGGGUGUACGCUUGGGAUAGUGACGGUUCUGCUGCUGCUACUGGCGAUGCUGGUUCCCACACCCCUGUCCCCCCUCUUGCCUCUGCAGCAGCAUCAGCAGCAGCAGAGGUCACCCUCCUGUCCUUGCUCCAUCACAACAUGCCCUUCCCACUACCAUCCCCAUUAUCCGACCACAAUAGUUCGGGACAAGCUGGCAGUGCAGGGUCGUCAGCCCAGCUUCUUCCUGCAGUGGCGAUGGCGGGAGCAGCAGCCGUGGUGGCUCACACUAUGGUGCAUGCGCUUUCUCUGGAGAUCACUCUUUCCCUUGGCGUGCAAUCCGCUGGCACACAGGAGCGGCUCACCUCGUUAGUGCAGGGAGCCACUCGCCUCUCACACUUACUCAAGAGCCACUUAGCUGUGCUGCAGCAAGCUGCCAACCAGGGCUGUGGAGCUCCUAGGUUCUUCCUCGCGAUGACAGAUGGCGCGACGCUAUUCGCCCGUAAGCUACAGGGCCAUAUAGCUGAGUUACAAGUGACCGAGGCUGCUUCUAUGGGGGAUAAGGGGAGGGGGAGAGGGGGAGACGGAAGGGGGGGAUGGAGCGGGAAAUGGAGCGGAAAAUUUGGGGCAGUUACAGCAGAGGAGGAUCUCGCUCAGGCAGCUGGAGGAGCGUUCCGAUUGGCUUCUGAGGCUGCCCGGCACACCGGGCGGCUAGAAUUGGAAGCUUCUUGGGAAGCACUGGGAAUGGAUGGCAGCAGCAAGGGGGGGGUGAUUGGCAGUAGGGGCCCUCCCAAAGCCAGGCAUCUGCUCUUUGAGAGACAUGCAGCAAUGAAGCCUUUGGCUCAUGCCAAGAAGGUAGAGGCAGAGUGGAUGUGGGGUGGGGGCGAUGAGGAUGAGGAGGAAGGGGAUGAGGAGGAAGAGAAAGAGGUGGAGGAGGAGGGAGAGGGUAGGCGCAGCGAGAAUGUGGAAGGUAGAGGAAUUGGAAAAGGGGAAACUGGAAGGUUCGGUGGCAGAAGGAUCGGCAGCAGGUUCGCGGGGAGCAAGUUUGGGGGAACCAGGAGAGUGAACGUGGAGUUGCUUAUAGAGAGUGUGAAUAUAGCCGCAGAGCUGGCAUACCACAGCCAUAGAGUGCUGACCAAAUGCGUGGGGGGUGUGGGUUCCGGCUGGGUUGGGGAGGUCACAGAAGCUGCUCUUUCCGCACAGAUUAUUGACGCAACUGGAGGCUUUGUGUCUGAUUUGAAUAUGAGAGGAGGUGCUGGUGUGGUGAGGGUCUCUGCUACCAGUGGGGUGAGAGCAUAUGGGGAUGUGGAUAUGAGUGCACCCAUCCCUGUUCUCUCCGUGUUUGCAGUCAAGCCGCAGACACCUGCUGCUGCUGCUGUGGGAGAGUCAGCAGCGUGGGCAGGAGGGGUACGGGAGACAGGAGACAGCGAUGGUAAGGUGCUGCGAGCAAGUGAGCCAACACCUCCUGAGGGGACUGCUGCUUCUGCUGUUGAGACUACUGUCUCUGCCACCACCACUGCACCUGCUGCUGCUGCACCUGCUGCUGCUUCUGAUGGCUCUGCCUCUGUGGGUGCUGCUGUCGACUCCACUCAAAACACACCCGGAAAACGCUCUGCAUCAGCAGAUGAAGCUUCUGUCGCCGCCCCAUCCCCCCUCCUCUCCUCCUCAUCUCCCUAUCUCCCUCCGAGCUCCAGCUGUCACUCCGCCAUUCGUCCGUCGCCCCAUGCUGACGUCAUCCUCCCCAUCCCUCUCUUUCUCUCGUCUUCUGAAGAGGAUCGGAGCAGCUUCGGCACGGAUCCAACCGUGGAGCAGGUUUGGUGUAGCCCCAGCCUUGGGCCGAGCCAAGAUCAGCCUCAGAUCAGCUCCGGAUUUGACCUGGCUCGGGGGCAGGCUCGGAGCAGCCUUGAAAGUACAGGCAGUGGGACCGAGAGGGGUGGGAGGGAGGGGAGGAAAGGAAGGGAGAAGGAGAAGGGGAGGGAGAGGAGGCGUAUGGAGUUGGUGACGGGAGGAGGGGGUAGGGUGGAUAUUGGUUCGGCAUCUUUUACAUCAGCAGCAUCAGCAGUUUCAGCAACGUCAGCAGCAGCAGCAGCAGCAGCAGCAGCAGGAGUAUCAUCAAUUGAAGGUUCAGGUGGUGGGUCCCGGUUGAGAAGAGUUCAAUCCGGUGGGAGUCAAGGAAAAGAGAGCAUAGGCAGCAGGAAGGGGGGUGGGGAGGAGGGAGCGAGAGAGGGAGGGGUGUCAGCAGUGGGAAAGGAAGAAGGAGGAGGAGAACCAAAGGCAGCAGAGAAGCUGGUUCGUGGUGGUUCGGGAGCUGGAGGUUCGGUAGGAAGAGGCUCGGGAGCAGGCUUGGGCGCAGGAGGUGGGAGUGACACGGGCAGCUUGAAACUUAGCCUUGGUUCCCUCCUGGGAUCGCAGGGUUCGGGCAGCUUGAACGAAGCAAUAAAUCUUUUUUUGGAAGAACUGGAGGUUGGAGAGGGACGAGGGGGGCGGGAGAAGAAGGGGAGGAGGGAGAGAAGGAAAGAUGGGGAGGGUAGCAGGGAAGGGGGUGGGGGAUUGGAAAGGGGGGUGGAGAUGGGUGCUGGGGAUGCAGAUAUACCUGCAGAGACAGAUGCAGAGACAGAGACAGGAAUUGAGACUGAAAUAGAGACAGAGAUUGAGAGUGAUGCUUGGAGUCUGUCCAGUGGGGGUUGGGCUUCGUCCCUUGGAGUUGGGGUGGAGGGAGAGGAGGAGGUGAGGGGAGAGUUUGAGGGGAGGAAACGGGGGGUUGGGGAUAGGAGUGGGCAGAGAGAGGGGAAGGGGAAGAGGGAGGAGAGUGAGAGAGUGGUUGGUUUGGGUGGGGAGGUGGAGGGAGGGAUGGGUGGGGGGGGCGAGGAGGAGGAGGAUGAGGAUGAGGAGUGGUAUCAAGAGCUGCUGAAGAACAUGCGAGAUGUGGACUUAGGGUUUGGGAAAGAGGAGAGGGCAUCUGAAAAAGAGGAGGAGCGGGCAUGUGAGAGGGAAGAGACGACCGUUGGGGAAGAAGAGGGCGCAUUCGGGUUGCGUCAAAAGGAGGCUAGGGAGGCUAGGGAGGCUCGGAAGGAGGAAGGAGGGGAAACGGAGGAGGGCAGGGAACAACAAGGGGCAGAUGAGGUUCCUCUUUUCGGAAAGGAGGCAGGAGAGGGAAGGGAGGGAAGAGUGGGAAGAGAGGAGGUGCAGAGGGAGGAGAGUGGGAGGAGAGAGCCUAGUCCCUGCAGCACUGAUAGUGAUGCUGGCACCAUAGCUUCGGAGGCGACCGAUGCUGUGCCGGACCUGCCGUUCAGGCUCGGAAAGCGGUUCUACAACAUUGAUUCGAUGCUGAACAUGCGCGAACCUGCAUCUGCCUCGGGAGCCGGUGGGGCUGGUGGGUUUGGGGCUGGUGGGGCUGGUGGGAAGUUGUUUUCAGGGUAUCUGGAUAGGAGGGGUCGUGGAAGGACCCUCAUUGAUGGUGCUGUGGUGGGGGCGUCAGUUGGGGCAGCGGGGGCAGAGGGGACAGCGGGGGCAGUGGGGGCAGGGGGGGCAGCGGGGGUGGUGGUGGGGGCAGUGCGGACAGUGGAUGUGGGGGAGAAGGUUUCAGGGAGGAGAGAAGGGGAAGGAGAAGGGAGUGAGGGUGAGGGGAGUGGGUGUGUCAGGAGUGACAGUGGCGACAAGAAUCCUGGUGUUGGUGCUGAUGUUGAUGCCGCUGCUGCUGAUGAUACUGAUGCCGACGCUGGUGAUGAUGCUGCUACUGAUGCUUCUGCUGCUGCUGCUGCUACUGCUGCUGCUGCUGCUGCUGCUGAUGCUGCUACUGAUUCUUCUGCUGCUAAUGCUGAUGUUGCCGUUGCUGGUGCUUCUGCUGUUGAUCCUGAUGCCGCUACUGCUGCUGCUGCUGCUUCUGCUAAUGCUGAUGUUGCUGAUGCUGGUACUUCUGCUGCUGCUGCUGAUCCUGCUACUGAUGCUUCUGCUGCUGCUGCUACUGCUGCUGCUGCUGCUGCUGCUGCUGCUGCUGCUGCUGCUGCUGCUGCUGCUGCUGCUGCUGCUGAUGCUGCUACGGAUGCUUCUGCUGCUGCUGCUGCUAAUGCUGAUGUUGCUGAUGCUGACCUUCUGCAGUUUGACGAGGUAUUCCGAGCCAAGCAGGCUCAGCGGCAGUGCCAUGCCGAAGCUAAGGCUGCCGUGGCUGCAGCUUUGGACGCUCAGGAUGAUCUGGCAGACGCCGAGGCUGCACUGCAGGAAGCUUCCAAGGAAGUUGCACGGCUCACGGCAUGUACUGACACUGAGAAUAAAGGCACGAGUCUGGAGGAGCUUGUAAAGGGGGAAGGGGUUGCUGGUAACCAGGCAGGGGUUGUGGUAACCAUUGAUGGGGAAGAUGAGAGAGGCAGUACGGUGAGCAAAGGUUGCGAAGGGAGAGGGGAGGGGAAUAGAGAGAGUGAUGGUGUGGAUGAGGGAGUGACAGAAGGAGGGAGUGGGGAGGAGGGAAAUGCUGAGGGAGAGGAGGUGGGGGGAGUUGCAGCGAAAGCUGAGGAGGAGGGCAGUGGGGAGUCUACGGAGAAUGUAUCUCUAUUUUCUGCCUGUUCUUCUGCCCUGGCUUCCCUGGAACGAGCUCAGGUUGCCCGCAACGAAGCCGCUGCCCGAAUGCGUGCCCAGCGGCACCGGGCAGCUGCAAAAGUUUCGGAGCUGGAAGCUGCCCGGUCCUUCUACACCACGCUGCUUCGGGCAAAAGAAAAACGGGUAGCUGAAAUAAAUAGCGCUGCUUAUGGGUUGAUUGGAGAGAUGAAGGCAGCAACUGGGUGUGUAACACCUGGUGUGGUAACCCCACGGAGGGGGUCUGCAGCUAGUAGCGAAUUGACUGAUGUGCAACACUGCACAGAUGGUGUGGAAGAUGACUGUAACAAGGAGGGUUAA